AUGUCGCUGUUGCUGAAGCCUUCGGAGUAUGGUGGGCUCAAAGGCACGGCAGUCGCUGGCCGGGUCGUCAUUAUGGUGGAGCAGGAAGUGAAGAGCAAAGCUGCUUCCGCCGCGGCGGCCACGCCUUCCAAGCGGAAAGGCAAGAAGUCCUCGAAAGCAAGCUCGCAGCCGCCAUCUUCCACGAAGUUGGAGAUGCACAUCGCAGGCGCAGACUCAGUGAAUGAGGUGGUGUAUGUGGAGGCUUGGGGAGAGCAAGCUACUCAACUCGGCCUGCGCUGCAAGGUGGGAGACUUGAUCGCCCUCACGGGCGCGACCGUGAUCUCCACUGCGCAGAUGUACUCCACUUCUAGGCUACCUUGCCACCUUCGCGUCAAAGGCAUUGUGGGUACGCAGGUGUUGGUCCAAAAGUUGGAGAGCUUGCCCUGGAGCGGCGUCCCUGCUCAUCAUCCUUUGGUGCCACUGCAGUCGCUGGCUCGCGUGAAAGACCGACAGCAGAUCUGUGUGGCCGCGCAAGUGGACGACAACCCGGGCGCGAUCGAGAGGGACACCGUCCAAGGCCGCGUUCUGGUCUGCAAUGCCAUCGUGCAGCAGAAUGGCGUUCGAGUGCGGUGCGCUUUCUGGAGGGAGCACGCUGAAAAGCUCGCGACCUGCCAGGCUGGAACCUGCAUCCUGCUCUACCAAGUGUUGAGCACAUCAUGGAGCAUGCUCACUCUCAUUCCGACCAGGAAUUGGAAGGAAUGCGAGGCAGUGCAGAGCACAUUGAGCGCGCUCGUGGGCACGAUUGUCCCCGGGCAGUUGCGGAAGGUGGACACUGUGUUCCUCGUCUCCGGACUGCAGAUCAUGGGCUUGAGCUCGGUCAGGUCCGAAACGGACGAGUGGAUCUUGUCCAGCUGCAGCACGUGCAAGAGAGCUUUCCCUUGCCAGGCACAUCCAGAUGCUGCUGAAGAGAAGCGCGUGGCCCUGCGCGCUGUGUUCGCGGAUAGCGACUGCCAGUGCAGCAUGGUGCUCUACCACGACCACGUCGAGUUGGCCUUGCAGGAGCAGGGUUACUCGCUGCCGAGCCCUUGCAAAGACACUGCAGAGCUGCGGUCCGAAGUGCGAAACGCAUUCCGGAGCGCACUGUGGACUUGCAAAGUCACCUUUCGGGAGAACGACUACCAGCAGAUCCUGGAGUUGGAGUGUCGCCAUCUGACGCCUUUCCUGCCCUUCAACAAGGACUGCCCGGACCUGACGCCCCACAUGCUGGAGCUUCCACGCUGCUCUCUGGGCGGCGGCUGCCCGGUUGCUGCUUUGCGCGACUUACGCGUGGACACAGACUUGGGCUCUUUGACGAUUCAGGAGAUCGACGCUCCGUCUGUGCGAGCGCUCGUCGUGUUCAACGAAGUCCAGCUGCCAGAUGAUGAGUCUCUGCAGCAAGACCCGCAAUCUGCAUCGGCCAUGCGAGUCAAGCGCUCGGUGGACUGCUGCUUGUCAGUGCCCGACGCUGAAACCCUCUUGCCUUUCCGGAGCAAGCAGGCCCUGCGUCUGCAGUGA